UUUACGGGUGGGGGUGGGAAGUGUUGCAGCUAAGAAUAUAUCUAGACUCAAUUAUAAAAUCAGGAGAUCAAUAAUUUACGUUUCAUAUUCAAGGCCUAAAGAUGGUAGUAGAAUUAUCCAUCAUUUCACAAAUAUAUAUGUAGAAAAUCUUAAUAAUACUUAAAAACAUAUGAACACGAUAAAGAUUUACUCUUUUUUUUAAUCAUAGUUUAUUCAAGUUAUUCCCUUCCCUCCCUUUUUUAAUUUGCCAUUCAAGUUACCUAGGAUAUCAAUAAUAUGUAUAAGUCAACCAAUUAGUUGCAUUAAUUCAAUAUACGCACACACACACAUGCACACACUACAGGUUUUUGUCGUACAAUUUUCUUUCUAAACUUUCAUGGACUUUAUGUUUUAUAUCUCCUCAAAUGUAUUGGCGACAGGAUAUAUCUAGCUACUCUGGAUAUUCUUUAUUUAUUUUUGAAAAGCAAUAUAUGUUUUCAUCAUAAUAUAAUCUUUUCAAGUGCAAGAUGUAAAUGAAAUGAAAUAUAAAUCAUUUAGCAAAUAUUAAGCUCCAUUACUGUCAAAUGAAUCGUGAAUUGUGAGAAAAAACUCAUCUCUCAUCUUUUGAUAUCACAAACAUCUAGUUGUUAUUUUGAUCAGGUUUUAUGUACUAAAGAAGAAAAAUUGAAAAUAGAUUCAUUUAGGGGAUGUGUAUUGUUCUUAGGAAGAUAGGGAUUAGGAACAUGGGAAGUUUGGUAGGGCUGAGAAAAAGUAAAUUAGAUCCUUUGCUGAUGUUGAAGCGUGAAACUGAGUGGGUCAAGUUAAUUUAGUUACCUUGAUUUGGAAUGGAACAAAUGAAUCUGCAUGAAGAAGCCUAAUAAAUAGCAGACCUCAAACCCUCCCAAGCUCCUCGAAGCUCAGCUUUUGUGACCAAACAAUUACAGAAAGAUGAGGCCCCCAAGAAGCAAAGCCUUCCGUUCAUAAUAAUGCACAACAAAACCAGCACUUGCACCACUGGUCUCAACACCUCCAUCAAAAUUUAUCAUGAAGACACCUGACUGGCGAGGACCCACUGACAAGAAUAUGAGAACAAGUGUGGUGAGCACCACAGAGCAAUCCCCAGUGAGUUGAAGAUGCAACAGACUUUGAAGAUGUUUUGGAUCUCUCAAGAAAUUCAUUAAAUUGGCAGCUUGCCUAAUAAUCAGCCUUGGAGAAGUAUAGAUUCAUGCGCCAAUAUGACAGGGGUACCAAGUCCUCUAGGUCUGAAUUUAUGCAAAACCCAAACUUUCUUGGAUCUCAUUCAUAUGAAGCUAUUUCAGGAGAAGACCACUCCUCAUAAUGAACCAACUGUGCGUACUAAUAUAGAAAAACAGAAAACUAGAAAUGAUAACUAUGAUACCCAACCUACACCUAUAAAAUGGAAGGCUUCAAAUUUUCCUGCAACAAAACUCAAGAUCGGCUCUUGGGAGAGAGAGUCAAGAAAUGAAAGUGAUAUUGUAGCUAAGUUUUACUAUGCUAAGCGAAAACUUGUGUGGGAGAUAUUAGAAAGUGGAUUGAAAAAAAAGCUUGAGAUCCAAUGGCCUGACAUCUCAGCAAUCAGAGCACGUUUCAUGGAGGAUCAACCUGGCAUUCUGGAAGUUGAGUUAAGGCAGCAGCCGAUGUUCUUUAAUGAAGUAAAUCCACAGCCAAGAAAGCAUACUAAUUGGGAAGCUUGUUCUGAUUUUACUGGAGGGAAUGCAACCAUAUACAGGAGGCACCAUCUUGAGUUUCCAGAAGGAAUUUUGGAGAAACAUUAUGAAAGGCUUUUAUGUGGUGAUAAUCGGCUAUUGACAAUGAGUCAGAGAGCUUUUCCAAGCCAUGAUUCUUCAUUUUUUGAGACCAUUAGGAGUGAGAUGCAAGAUGUAGGCAUGCUCAACCCAAGAUUUCCACCUUCGUUCAAUCAACUGUCCAGCAACUGGUAUCCACCUCAUCUACAUUAUAUUAGCAAUCAUGGGAGCAUGAAUGGUCCUACUUGUAUCCAGACUUUUGAUUCUCUUGGUCCAUCAGUUGGUGCCAACUAUUCAGUUUCACUGCUGAAACCAGCACCUGAAGCUAUACAUAUGAAUUCACCAAGUUCAGUCGUAGAGUUCCCACCAACUAUGUAUCAAGCCACAAGUGCUCUGAAUCCAGGGACAUCCUACUUGGACGACUUUGCGCUUAACAAUGCCAAUUCCACAAUGAACCCUAUCCUGAGCAAAAUGACUCAAAUUUGCAAUCAAGAAAUUCAAAGUUUGAGAGGGGUUGAUGACAUAAGGGAGCACCAAACCCAACAACUAUACUCGGGUGCCUAUGCAGCCACAGCUCCUAAUUUUCUUCCUCGACACAUCUCUGCUGAUAACUCAUUAACUCAUGCAACUGAAAUAGAAAAUUCCCAUGCUGGCAUACAAGAUCUACAAUCAAUCGAGGAGCAAUUAUUGAGUGACUCUAGUGAUCUAGAUGCAUUUGUCUCUGAUGAGUCCAGGCUUCUCUCCAAAGUAAACUCUGUUGGGUCACUCCUUUUCUUAACAGCGGUACCGGAUUCACAACCAUAAUCCCCCAAUGGAUUGGAUGGUGCUGUCCAAAGUACUGAUGGAACAAACUCUACAUUAGAAUCAAGGGACUCCAUGCAAUGUGACAACAUGGAGCAAAUAGGCACUGGGAGCUUGUUUCAGAAGUUUGACCAUGCUGAUUUGCAUUCCAUGUCAUAUUCACGAUAGACCAGUAUGGCCUUGUUCCAAUUGUCAAUGACUUCAGAUUUUCGGAGAGGAUUUUCUUGGGGCUCAAGUGCAGUCUUUUUGUACUCCGUAGGGACAAUAUUAGAGCAUAGCUUAGAUUAGAUUAUCUUUGAUAUAAAUCUCAGGAUGUGGAACUUACUGGACUAAAAUUUGCAUUAGGUCCUUCUCUACUAGAAGAGUGGAGAGUCUCAAACCUUGUCUUCUCUUUUUUACUGAGAUAAUCUGGAUUUUUUGCAUCUUUUACAUUCAGUUAUCAUUCAUUUGGUCAUUUUUAAGCAUAUGAUUGGAAAGUCUCUAAA